AAACACGUGGACUAUAUUGCCGAUCAAAUUGUGGCCAAAAUGGUGGACAUAAUCAAGAAGAAGAACAAAGCGGGUGUCAAUGUAAAGCCCUUUCAAAUCAAGAACCAUUUGUGGGUAUUUGUCAAUUGUUUGAUCGAAAACCCGACGUUCGACUCACAGACCAAAGAGACGAUGACUCUUCAGGCCAAGAGUUUUGGCUCGAAAUGCGUUCCGAGCGAUAAGUUCUUCGCAUCGGUGACGAGGAAUGGUGUGGUAGAGUCGGUGAUGACUUGGGUUCGGUUCAAAGCGCAGACCCAACUGUCCAAACAAUGCAACUCUAAGAAACAGUCGAAACUGAAGGGUAUUCCCAAACUGGAAGACGCGAACGACGCGGGAACCAAACACUCCAUCGAUUGUACACUCAUUGUGACGGAAGGAGAUUCGGCCAAAUCGCUGGUCGUGGCCGGACUCGGCGUUAUUGGUCGCGAUAAGUACGGUGUGUUCCCAUUGAGGGGUAAGAUGUUGAACGUACGCGAAGCCACCCAUAAACAGAUCCUCGAGAACGCGGAGAUCAACAAUUUGAUCAAAAUCCUUGGCCUUCAGUACAAGAAACAGUACUCGACCGCCGAUGACCUGAAGACACUCCGCUACGGGAAACUGAUGAUAAUGACAGAUCAGGAUCAGGACGGCUCUCACAUCAAAGGUUUGAUCAUAAACUUCGUUCACCACAAUUGGCCCAAACUCUUGGAGUUGAACUUCUUGGAGGAGUUUAUUACUCCUAUAGUGAAAGUGUCGAAAGGGACGAACAGUCAGUCUUUCUACAGUCUGCCAGAGUUUGAGGAGUGGAAGUCGGCCACAAACAACUGGAAUGCUUGGAAAGUGAAGUACUAUAAGGGUUUGGGUACUUCGACGUCAAACGAGGCGAAGGAGUACUUCUCGGACAUGAGACGACAUCGGAUAACAUUUAAAUACACGGGCGCUGAUGACGAUCGGGCCGUACAGUUGGCGUUCAGUAAGAAACUGGUCGAACAGCGCAAAGACUGGUUGACGGCUAACAUGGAGGCGCGUAAGAGGCGCCGAGAGCUCGGUUUGGGCGAAGUCUACCUCUACGAGAGUAACACCCGUAGCAUUUCGUACAAAGACUUCGUGAACAAAGAGCUGAUUUUGUUCAGUAAUAUGGAUAACGAGCGGUCCAUACCGUCGCUGAUGGACGGCCUGAAGCCCGGCCAACGCAAAGUCAUAUUCACGUGUUUCCUGCGUAACGACAAACGGGAGGUAAAAGUGGCCCAAUUGGCGGGCAGUGUGGGCGAGAAGUCGGCCUACCAUCACGGCGAGGUGUCGCUCAUGUCAACCAUCAUCAAUUUGGCCCAGAAUUUUGUGGGCAGUAAUAACAUUAAUUUGUUGCAACCGAUCGGUCAGUUUGGGACGCGUUUACAGGGGGGCAAAGACGCGGCCAGUCCUCGAUAUAUCUUCACAAUGUUGUCUCCAUUGGCGCGCAAAAUAUUCUCCGCUCUCGACGACCCUCUGCUCAACAAACAAAAGGAAGACAAUCAAGACAUCGAACCCGAAUACUAUGCGCCCAUUUUGCCCAUGGUUUUGGUGAACGGUGCCGAAGGCAUUGGCACGGGUUGGUCCACCAAAAUACCCAAUUACAACCCGCGCGAGAUUGUCGACAAUUUGCGGCGAAUGAUACGCGGCGACGAACCGGUGCUCAUGAUUCCCUGGUAUAAGGGUUUCCGCGGCUCUAUUGUCGAAGUGGACGCACAGAGGUAUGUCAUCAACGGAGAGGCGGCCCGACUCGACGGCUCCACCUUUGAAAUCACUGAACUGCCCGUCAAGACGUGGACUCAGACCUACAAAGAGAAUACGUUGGAAGCACUACUUCACGGCACAGACAAGUCGCCGGCUUUUAUCAAUGAAUACAAAGAAUAUCACACGGAGUCAACCGUACGGUUUGUUGUGGAUCUAUCAGAGGCUAAUCUCCGCAAAUCGUUGGACACCGGCAUUCACAAGACGUUUAAACUGCAGUCAUCGCUGUCAACGAAAUCGAUGGUAUUGUUUGACCACUUGGGUUGCCUUCGACGGUAUGAGACACCGGAUGAGAUACUCCGCGAGUACUUCCCGGUGCGACUGGAGAUGUAUGUGAAGCGUAAGGCUCACUACGAGGGCAAACUGGAGGCCGAGGCGCGUAAACUGGAAAAUAAGGCUAAGUUUAUACUUGAGAAGAAUGAGGGAAAGAUUCAUAUGGAAAAUGUGCGCAAAAAGGAUUUUGUUCGUCAAUUGAUUGAUCGCCGAUACGACUCGGAUCCGGUCAAAGCCUGGUCUAAGAAGAACGGUAUUGUCAUCGAGGAUGAGAAAGAUGGCGACCGAAGUGCUGACGAGCACUCAGACUAUGAAUCAUAUGAUACGAGCUCUGAUUCGCCGAAGAAGUAUAAGAGCUAUGACUUUGACUAUUUGUUUGAUAUGUCGAUGAGAUGUAUGUUAAGAGAAAAAGUGGACGAAUUGCUUAAGCAAAGAGAUGCCAAAAAACACGAAUUAGAGCUUUUGAUGCAAAAGACACCCGAAAUGCUUUGGGAGGACGACCUGAAGGCCUUCUCACAGGAAUUAGAUAUUGUGGAAGAGUUAGAACGCGAGUCCGGUUCCAAACCUAUUAAGCUGUCGUCUAAAGCGACUGCUAAUAAGUCGCGAAACACAAAAGCGGGAAAACUUAGCAUUGAUUCUAAGCCAUCAGAUUUUGCCGAAAGAAUUGAACCCAAAAUUGAUUUUGAAAAUUACAAAAAAUCAGAAAAAGCGGUCAAAAAAGCAAACGAUAAGAAGAAAAAGAGCGGCGAAAAUACUCCUGAAAAAGAGGCCAUUGAUAGCGACGAUGAUAUCGGGCGACCGCUUUCUGAACGAAUUGGUGUUUCGCCGCAAAUCAUUGAUGAAAAGAGAGCCAAAUCUAAGAGUAGUGUUAAGUCUUCACUCGUGACUAAUCUGUCGGAUGAGUUGAGUCGAGAAAAACCUAAGCCUAAGAAACCGACGAAACAGAAGAGUGAAGUGAGUCCUAAGAAAAGCGCAAAGAAGGGCUCAAACCUGAAGCGCAAGAAUCCGUGGUCUGACUCGGAGUCAGACGGAGAGGAAGAAUACAACUUCCAUGAAGACAGCGAUGACGACCAAAACGAAUACAUUCCGUCAAAUACAAGCACUCGAGUCAUUCAGAAACCCAAAAAGAUUGCAAAAGAAGAUUCAGUUCUUGGAAGGGAUGAAUUGACUUCACUUAAUACCACUAUCAAUGAAGACAAUGGCGAAGACAUAAUCGCCAAAUCAAUUAAAGCAACUGAUGUUAAAAAGACUGUUUACGACAGCGAUGACGACCUCUUCAGCGCUAAUAAAACAAAUACCACUUCAAGCAAAAGGACGAGCGAAGAGCUCUUUGACUCACUCUUCACCAAAAAUGAUAAUCAAAACGGUGUGAAAGAAUCGAAGAAUGGUUUCAAAAACAAUAAUUUUAGCGACGAUGACGACGACAACAGCUCUCCUGCCAGUGAUGUCCAAAAUGCAAACAAAUUGGAGACUAUUUUUGAGAGUAAACCGACAAAAGCCUCGAAGAAAGCAUUCGAUUCCGAUUCGGACCAUGAAUUUGAACCCGACUUUGAGCCCAAACCCAAACCAAAGGCCACAAAAGCGUCGAAAAAAGCUUUUGAUUCGGACGACGAGUUGCCAAAACCAAAGGCUAAGAAGUCUUCGAAACCUAAGAAAGAAAAACCAAAAAGAAAAGAGAAGAAAAAGAAGAGCUCCUCUGCUUCCGAGUCCGAAGAAGACAAACCCAAAAAGAAAAAGAAAACAAAAGAGGUUGAAAUGAUUGACGGCUUUGAGAUUCCCCCGGAAUUACGUGAAAAGUCGGGUCGAGUCCGACAACCCGUUAAAUACAACUUCGGCGACGACGACGCCACCGAUACUGACAAUUGAAUCUAAUUCUCAUUUUAUUUAAAUUAUUUCCUAAACCGACAGCUUUUUUACUGUAAAUUAUUUUUAAAUUACAAAGUUUUCAGC